AUGGCUGUGACAAAUUUGAACUGGCUUGUGGUCUUCAUCUUAUCCAGUUGCGUAUCACAGCAUGGAGUCCAAGGUAGCACUCUUUCUGUGAGUGUAUACUCUGUGACAACAAAAAGCAUAAUUGUUCGCUGGAGUCGACACGAUGGUGCCAGCUCCUACAAGGUCACAGCUACCCCCAAGAACACAGCCGGACCCUCCACCUUUGCACACUUUAGUGAGAACACUGUCAUGGGUUCUCUUAAUGGACUGACCCCCUUCACCUUGUACACAGUGAAGGUGGAAGCAAUGGAUGCUGACCGGAACGUAUUAAAUCAGGGGCAAAUGGAGUCAAACACAGCUCCUGACAUUCCCACUAUUGAUGUGGCAACAUCUAAGCAAAGUGACAGCAUCACGGUGGAGUUUGAAACGGUCUCUGGGGCAGCCACCUAUGUUCUGCAAGCUGAGACCGCUGAUAGAACCUUUUUUACUGAGAGAUCAGUUUCCAGCUCCCCGGACACCAUCCAGGAUCUCCAGCCCUACACCGAGUACAGUGUUAGCGUGCUCGCCGUCAACAGCUUGGGUGGACAGAGUCAGCCCUCAAAGCCAGUUUUGGUCAGGACAGUGUUACCAGCUCCUCAGUUCAACACCAGCUCUUCCAGUAAUGACACCAUCCAGCUGGACGUGGAGCCAUUGGAGCAUGCGGUGCUGUACUCCUUCAUAGUCAUCCUGCAGCGCUCGGACAGACAGCAGCGCCUCAACACCACCUCCACCUCAAGCACCCUCACGGACCUGGAGCCAGGGAGCACCUACUGCACCACAGCCUAUGCCUGGGAUGCUGAGGGCCGGCCCGGUGACAGAGCCACUGUCUGCCAGAUCACACGUCCGGCUCAGCCUCAGGGCUUUUUGCUGUCAGUGGUGUGGGAUGAGCAGGCGAGUCUGCUUGUCUCGUGGAAUGCCUCUCAGGAGGCGACUGAACAUGUGGCAGUGACCUCCAGUGGCCUGAGCUGCUCCUCCUCAUCCUCCACAUGCUCCAUCUCGCUCCUCAGCUGCGGGGAGACUUUCUUUGUCACACUCACCGCCAGCAACCAGGCCGGCCCUAGCCUGUCCUCAGAGCCUGUGGAAUUUAUCAGCAUCCCUUGCUCACCAAACCCUGUGUGGCUGUCGGAGCCUGAGCCAGGAAAUUGCUCGGUGACCUGGGAUGCAGUUGCCACAGCAGACUUCUAUGACACCUUUGUUAAGCGUGAUGAUGGUGUGGAGCAGAAAUGUAAUUCUACAGAGACCUCAUGCAACUACAGCUGCCUGUGCGGAUACACCUACAUUGUUAGUGUGUUUGCCUACAAUCAAGCUGGAUCCAGUCCUCCUGGGCCUGCACUCAACUAUACCACACUCCCCUGCUGCCCAGCGGACGUGUCCAUCUCACUGGUCUCCACGGAAACACUGGAAAUCAUGUGGUCGCCAGUCCGUGGGGCAGUACUGUAUGAGACCCGGGCUGUGGACCAAUCAGAGCUAAUCGUGUGUAAUGACACGUCUCCUGUGUGUGCGCUCUCGGACUUGUCCUGCAACAGUCGCUACAACGUGGUGGUCAUUCCAUGCAGUGAGCUGAGUGGCUGCAACCGCAACUGCCAGCCACAGACACAUGAGACAGCUCCCUGUAUGCCCGCAAUCCAGAAUGUGUCCCAGACAGAUGGAACAGGUGUGACAGUCACCUGGACAUCUGACAACGGUGCAGCCAAUUAUACCGCCAGUCUUAUAGGGGAGACUGAUACAUUCUCCUGUCAGUCAACUGGGAUGUCCUGUGAGGUCACUGAGCUGUCCUGUGGCUCCACAUACGAUGUCACUGUUGUUGCCACCACCAGUGCUGGAGCAAGUCUUCCAAGCUAUGUUGUCCCACUAGAAACAGUUCCCUGUUGUCCAGUGAACUUGACAGUGGAUCAGGUGACCCAGGCCAUGACUAACGUGAGCUGGUCAGCAGCGCGAGGAGCUCAAACAUUCGUCACCUCUCUGACCUCUCCCCGGGGCCACGCCCGCUGCCACACCCAGGACACGCACUGCCUGAUGGGAUGCAUCACCUGCGGUACCAGCUACAACGUGUCCGUGGAGGUACUGAGCCGCACGGGGCGCAAGGCGGAGUGCAGCUACCAGGGAUUCUCUUCAAGUGUGUGUUGUCCAUCAGGUGUGCGCCUGUACAGUAUGCCUAACAACACGCUGAGGGUGUUCUGGCGUUUGUCUGGCUCACUGAGCAACUACACCGUAGACGUCCAGGGGAGCAGCGGCAACUACACCUGCUCCCCCCCACCCGGGGGUAACUACUGUGACCUCACUGAUGUCACCUGUGGCAGUGUGUACACGGUUGUCGUGGUGCCUGUUAACAUGGAUGGCAGCACGGUCUCUUUCUGUCCACACAGGCUCUACUCAGGUACAGUUUACAAAAUGGCUUGA